CUUUGGUCCACCACCAACACCACCAUUCACCACCUCAAUUCUUCAGCGAAGAGGGAAGGGACAAGAGAAGAAGAGAGCGUAACCCGCUAAACCCUUUACACGCAAAACAACAAACAAAAUAGCCACUGCUACAGGUUUUCUGCAGUAGUCUUGGAUCGGUGAUUGGGAAAAUCUCGAGAAGCUUUGGCCUGCACCUCGUUUUUGUGUUGUUCUUGGAACCAUCCCCUAAGUUUCGUUGUUUUCAAGGAACAAAAAAAGUUGGCAAAUUUCUUGGCUUUGGUUGCUGAAGAUUUUUUGUUCAGAAAGAAACAAGCGUUUACGCUUCUGGGUUUGUUUCAGUUUUCUGUUUUAUUCGGGUUAAAUACAAAGGAGGCAUAAUGCCACCACUUGGUUAUGCUUGAUACGAGGUUGGUAGGGGUUUGAAAAUGGCAGACACAAAUUCAGUUGAGGUGAUUUUGGAAUUUCUGAGGAGGAAUCGGUUCACACGAGCCGAGGCAGCUUUGCGCAGUGAGCUCAGUAACUGUUCUGAUGUGAAUGGGUUCCUUCAGAAGCUCACGUUGGAAGAAAAGGACUUGUGUGGUAUGCUGCAGAAGGAUAAGGGGAAGCCUGUGGUAGGGAAUCAAGGAUUGGAUUGUCGUGACAGUGUUGAAGUUUCUAAAGAACUGAUUGUGAAGGAAAUAGAGUGUGGGAAUGGUAGAAAUGCUGCUGAAGGCAAAUGUAAAACUGCUGCUCCUACUGUGGAAAGGAAUAAACCUGAUGAAAUGGUUGGGACAAGUGAUAAAAACUUCACUUUUUCCAAGAGUUCGGGGGACAAUGUUCUUGAUUUAUACUCAUGGAAGUUGAAUCUCAGCAAUGGUCCCGUGGAGUCUUACCAAAACGACGGUGGAAGUAGGCCUAAUAAUACUUCGAAUGCCCCGAUAUCACAACAAUCAAAAUAUCAAACAGGUGAAGGUCUUGAUGCAGCAAACAUUAACGCAAAAUCUAAGGAGGAAAAUAAGGUGUCUGUUGAAAAAACAUCCUUGUGGCUUGGAAGUGAUGGAAAAGUGUCUACGGAACCAAAGUAUGACCUUAUGCAAAACAAAGAACCUUGGGAACUUGACCGACAGCUUAAGUUUAAAAGUUCAUCUCUGAAAGAGAACUUGACGGAUAAUGUUUUGUCAAGAACUGAUGAGAAUGUGAAUUCAUCUUCUGAUCUAUGGAAAGAUUGUUCUGUCAAGACUGUUUUCCCUUUCUCGAAGGGGGAUAUGUCUACAAGUUAUAAUAACAGUUCAACUUAUUCAGACAAAAAAGAGGAAAAGAGAAGGGCUGAAAUCAGUGAUGAUAGGGCAUCAAUAAAAGAACAAGUGGAUGAAGUGGGAAGAGCUCUUUACUUAGGGAAGUUGCAAGGCAGUUCUGGCAGCUUAAGUUUUCCUCUUGGACCGGAGAAUCAAAAGGAAGAGUUUCCUAGGCUUCCUCCUGUAAAAAUCAAGUCAGAAGAUAAAUUGACUCUUAAUUGGGGGGAGAAGUUUGAGUGUGAUGGACUGGCUGCGAAACUUGCUGGCGUUGACAACACAUUACUUAUUGGGUCAUAUCUAGAUGUUCCUAUUGGACAAGAAAUUAAAACUACAGGAAUGAGGAAGGCUAUUGGGGGCAGUUGGCUUUCUGUAAGUCAAGGGAUUUCAGAGGAUACAUCUGAUCUUGUAUCAGGUUUUGCAACAGUCGGGGAUGGGUUGAGUGAAUCUGUUGAUUAUCCUAAUGAAUAUUGGGACUCUGAUGAAUAUGACGACGAGGAUGAUGUUGGGUACAUGAGACAACCUAUUGAGGAUGAGGCCUGGUUUUUGGCACAUGAAAUUGAUUACCCUAGUGACAACGAGAAGGGGACUGGGCAUGGAAGUGUUCCAGAUCCUCAGGAAAGAGGUCCAGCCAAAGAUGAAGAUGAUGAUCAAUCUUUUGCUGAGGAGGAUUCUUACUUCUCUGGUGAGCAAUAUCUUCAAGCAAAGAAUGUUGAGCCAGUCACAGGUUCAGAUGAUCAUAUUGGUCUAACGAUUAAGGAAAUGUAUGGAAGAACUAAUGGUAAUGAUUUAAUGGCUCAAUAUGAUGGACAAUUGAUGGAUGUUGAAGAACUGAAUCUAAUGCAUAUGGAAUCUGUCAGACCGGGCUUUGUCACUCAGAAAAAUGAUCUCAUCUUGCUCGGAGAUGGGAAGGUUCUCAAUCAUAGUGGAAGGUCACGAAUAGAGGACAUGGAAGAUGAUCAGCAUGGUUCAGUUAGAUCAAUUGGGGUGGGGAUCAACAGUGAUGCUGCUGAUAUUGGCAGUGAAGUACAUGGAAGUUUGGUUGGUGGUAGUAGUGAGGGGGAUUUAGAAUAUUACCGAGAUCAUGAUACUACGCUUGGUGGCUCCAAACAAUCUCAUCAUGAUUUGGAUAAGAAUUCUAUUAACAAGUCCUUCAAAAAUAAUAAGAAAAAUGACAGGAUUGAGUCAAAUAAAUAUGUCAUUGACAGUAAUAGAGAUGCAUGCUCACAGGUAAAAACACACACUGAUGCAAACUUCUCAUUUCCUCAAUCUUUUAGAGAGGGCCAGAUGAUUCAAGUUGGCUCCAGUAAGUCCCUAUGGUCAAGUAAUUGUAAUGUAGAUGAAACAGAUGACUGUAUUAAUGCAUUUGUGGGAUCUGAUGACAUGCUUUCAUCUUGGAGGCGGAAGAGUAGUGAUUCUUCACCUGUUAAAAGUUGUAGGGAUGAGAGUAAUGCUAUUGUGGUAAGAUCCGCAAACUCUUCUCCAACUACAGUCUCAAAUAAUGGGUAUACAGAUAGAGAGCAUGUUAAGAUAGAAAAGGAUGAAAAGGUUAGCAUUGUAAGGGAAGAUGAUCUAGGUGCAUCACUAGAGGAUGAAGAGGCAGCUGCUGUGCAAGAGCAGGUAAGGCAAAUAAUGGCUCAGGAGGAGGAAUUUGAAACCUUCAAUCUAAAGAUUGUGCACAGAAAAAACAGAACUGGCUUUGAAGAGGACAAGAAUUUCCAUGUUGUUUUAAAUUCUGUAAUAGCUGGGCGCUAUCAUGUCACUGAGUAUCUGGGAUCUGCUGCAUUUAGCAAAGCUAUACAAGCUCAUGAUCUGCACACUGGCAUGGAUGUUUGUGUUAAAAUUAUAAAGAACAACAAGGAUUUCUUUGACCAAAGCCUUGAUGAGAUCAAGCUUCUCAAGUAUGUCAAUAAGCAUGAUCCUGCAGACAAGUAUCACAUUCUGAGACUAUAUGAUUACUUCUAUUAUAGAGAACAUUUGUUAAUAGUAUGUGAACUACUUAAAGCCAACUUAUAUGAGUUUCAUAAAUUUAAUCGAGAAUCAGGGGGGGAAGUGUACUUCACGAUGCCAAGAUUGCAGUCAAUUACCAUUCAAUGUUUGGAAGCACUUCAGUUUUUGCAUAGCCUUGGACUAAUACAUUGUGACUUGAAGCCAGAGAAUAUAUUGGUUAAAAGCUAUAGCAGAUGUGAGGUGAAGGUCAUUGAUCUUGGAAGUAGUUGUUUUGAGACGGAUCACCUUUGCUCAUAUGUCCAGUCCAGGUCUUAUCGUGCUCCUGAGGUUAUCUUGGGGCUUCCAUAUGACAAGAAAAUUGAUAUCUGGUCACUUGGAUGCAUCUUGGCAGAACUUUGUACUGGCAAUGUCCUCUUCCAAAAUGACUCCCCCGCAACAUUACUUGCUCGGGUGAUUGGGAUCAUUGGCCCAAUUGAUCAAAGUUUGCUUGCUAAAGGACGGGAUACUCAUAAGUACUUCUCAAAAAAUCAUAUGCUUUAUGAACGGAAUCAGGAAAGCAACAGGUUAGAAUACCUGAUUCCGAAAAAGACAUCUUUGAGGCAUAGAUUGCCAAUGGGGGACCAAGGCUUCAUUGAUUUUGUAGCUCAUUUGCUUGAGGUUAACCCGAAGAAACGGCCUUCUGCAUCUGAUGCCCUGAAGCACCCGUGGUUAUCAUACCCUUAUGAACCAAUAUCAUCUUGAAGUAUUUGGAGAUUUUUCUCUUGGUGAUGUUGUCAAUAUUACCCUAACCUGGGUAAGAUAAAUUGUUAAAAUGGAAGGGCACCACCAUACAUACUGCUUUUCAUUAUCUAUUUUAGAGAUGAUAUGGAAAGAGUUGUGCACUUUCACAUUCCUGCAUAAUGCAUUGAAAGGUGUUUAGUUUUGUGGGUGUAUGUUUCCCUUCCCUCUCCAAAUUGUAUUCUAGUUAACCGUCGUCAAGGAUGUAAUUUUAGCAUGAAUGGUGUAAUGUUAUGCUGUUGAUUUCUUUGCUUUGUUUGGUCAGUUGCAAAGGGAAAAUCCUUGAAAUCUUGGUUGUACAUGAUGUGGGAUGAUUCUUUUAGUCUUCAUAGUAGUAUUUUGUGAAGUAGCUUUUUAUCAGAUUUUGUAUGGGGUUUGAUACCACUCUUGGAAGUACCAGUUACAGCAAGGCUUGUGACUGUGUGAAACUCACUUAGCACGUGGCUUUGUGCAAAAUUGCUCUCCUUUUUGGUUGGAAGCAACCAAAUUGUAACUUGAUGGUGUAGUGGAGCUUCAUUUGGUAGUGUAGUAUCAAAUUGAUUCAACAAAAGUGUGGUCUUUUGGAUGGCACCUUUGGCAUGUGGUUAUCAAAUAUUUGGGCCUUUGUGCAUCUAGAAUUUAUGAAUUUGCUGUGUCUAUUUCUUCUCUUAUU